CACAGUGAUAUUAGAGUUGAGCUGACUUUACAGGGCAAAGAUGAUAAGUGAAGAACCUUACCUUCUUGAUCCUUCAGAGCUGAGGAUUGUGCUCGUUGGCAGGGGAAAAAAUCGGAUUACUUCAGUGAGGAAGAUUCUCCUCGGGAGCUCAGAGGAAAAUGAGAAAUGUUCCUCUGGGACAAAAAAGUGUCAGAGGAAAGAAGUAAAGAUCGGACAACAAAAUGUUGUCAUUGUUGAAACUGAUCUGUGCAAUUUGGAAAGAGUGAGUGGGGAGGAGGAGAAAGAGGAGGUGUUGUCCCAUGCUGCUCCUGGUCCUCAUGUCUUCCUCUUUGUGCUUUCCUGUAAAGACAGAUUUACAACCCCGGAACAGAACGCAGUGGAAAUGUUUAAGGAGACUUUCAGCAAAAACGUUACACUUUACACGAUGGUUCUGUUCACCGGUGGAGAGGAACUGGAGGGAACCAUAGAAGAGUUUGUUGGAGAAAGUGAACUCAAAAGCUUUGUUGAUGACUGUAAAGGAAACUGCCAUGUCAUUAAGAACAAUGAUGAGAGUCCAUCUCAACGCACUGAGCUUCUGCAGCACAUCAACAAUAUGGUUCAGAAAAAUGGAGAAAAGUUCUACACCAAGGAAAUGCUCCAAGAGGCUGAGAAAGAGGGAAAAGGUUGGGGAGUUAGGAGGAAAGUCGCAUUCUGUGUUGGUGCCUCUGCUCUAGGUGGAGCCACUCUUGGAGGAACAGCAUUUCCUAUGUUGAAGGUCCCAUUUGCAGCUGCAAUAGGUGUUCCAGUUGGAGCAGUAGCUGGAGGUCUGCUAGGAGGUGCAGGGAUACUUGCAGUAGCACACAUUAAGGCUAAGUUGCAUAGGGCACAACAAACAAACACAUCACCAUGAGAAUGCUUUGUCUGUCAA